AAGGGUGUGUGAAAGUUAAUGAUGGAGGAUUUUUUAUCCUUGAAAGAAGCAAUAGUUUCAUAUUUAGACAGAACCGGUGGGCUUCAACAGCUUAUAGCUGACUGCAAAUCGUUCAAAGAAUCCUCUCAGGGUGAUGCAGUGUAUCGCUUCAGUUUUCAUGUGAGUCCCAGCGACCUUACUGAACUAGAUGCCAGACUGGGAGACGUCGUUUUACAUGAACCGCUAAAAGCCAAAGCACUGUUUCGAUCGGUUUGCUUUUUGUCCAUAAAGACACUGUCACUCAUGGACCAGAUCCACAUGGAGAGUCAGGUGAAUGUGGUCUUGAAAGUAACUCACCUGCCACCAUUCCCCAGCUAUCAGCUGAAUCUGUGUGAGUUCCCAAAGGGCUAUGGGCCAAUGAGACCCAUGGCCAUGGAAGGACUUGUGAUCGCCAUGACACGGGUCACAAAAUACACACAAGGGGCCCGGUUCCUUUGUACGAAUGAGAACUGUCCAUGUGCUGAAGGAUUUCAGCACAUUCGAGUUCACGCUCCAGGAGCCACUGAGACGGCCACAGUCAGGAGUGACUUCACCUGCCUUCUCUGCUCUGCAUCGCUUAAAGAGGACGUCAAGUCCAGAGUACUGGGGGAUAAGCAGCUGGUGGAACUGAUACAUGUUGAUGCACUGGAUGUGCUGGGAGUCCACCCUCCUUCCUCGCUCAGAUAUCAGUCUGUCACCCUGUUCCUGAGAGAUGAGCUGUGCAACUCCAUGAGAAUCGGCUGGCUCUACAGGGUGGUGGGCAUUCCGGCACAUGUUCACCAGUGGCCCACUGUCACCUGGAGUGUGGAGGCUAGCAGCGUUCAACCGUGGACACCUGAGAAUCCUUGCCAAAUAAGUAAAAACUUCCAGGCCUUGUUUGUGUCUAUGGCCGGGUCUCCGUGGAGGUUCUCCGCUGUCGUGGCCAACUCGUUCGCCUCCCAGGUGGUUCCGCCAGGUCUCUACACCACGCUGAAGUUGGCUCUUCUGCUGAGCCUGGUUCAGAGUGGAGACAUGGACCCAGACUCUCACACCUGUCUGGACGUGCUGGCACUGACCAGCGACACUCUCAUCGUAGACAGGCUCAUGACGUACAGUCUAGCCCUGGCCACGCGGGGCAUCCAUCACCACGCCACGGGAGAGCUGUUUUCGUCGCUGUCGAAGGACGAGCACGGCGUUGGCACGGCAAACAUUCAUGCCGGCUCUGCCCUGUUGGCCACUGGAGGAGUGUGCCUACUCGGUGACCUCACCCUCUACAGGAAGGACAAGAUGGACGCCCUCCAGUCAGGUCUUGAGAUCAGGGCUGUAUCAGUCUUCAUCCCUGGGAAGAAGUACGGAGAAGAAGCUGACCAGCAGCUCUCCUUCCCUCUGCAGUGUAACUUCUGGGCGCUGGCCGACAUGGCCGCUCCCUCAAAGAAGUCGGCCAAAAACGAUACAGCAGCAUUGGGCUCAGUGGACAUAGGUUCAAUCCCAUCUCAGGUAGCCGAGACGUUUGGCCUGAUGAUUCAGUGUCGAGACCUGGGGGGAGAUCAAGUCUCCCUCCCGAUUACAGUGCACACCCUUAGGCAGGCCAUCCAGCCAGGGGAGCCUCUCUAUCCAGCCUGCAUGCAGUUUGCCACACAAGACUUCAAGGAGCUCCUGGCGUUUGCACGGAGUCUGCAGGUGGAGAUGAGCCCGGAGGCGGAGAAGAUGAUCCACGGCUACUACAUGGCCAGCCGUAGGAUCCGCUCAGACUCCACACAGGGUUCCUCUGUGUCAGUCGCCUCCAUGAAACUACUGAUUGCACUGGCCGAAGCCCACAGUAAACUCAGUCUGAGGAACCGGGUUCUGGAAGAAGACGCCCUCAUUGCUGUGCUGCUCUGUGAGAACUCAAUCACGCUGAAGCACGGGGCCUCGGCGCUUGUUAUUCCACCUGACGCCGUCUUUCCCUGUGAUCUCCACGACCUGGAGUCUCUGCACAGACGGGACGUGGCCCUGGAGGAGUUCCACCAGCAGAUCCUGCAAUUUGUGUACAGCUACGCACCCGGGGCCGCCAGCUACAUCACUGAGGAGUAGGUUGGCGCUCUCCCAGCGCUCCACGGAAGAAACUAGCGGGGGAAUCUACUGUACCUUCAGGUCAUUUUAGUAGGGCAGAAAAGGAGGCCAAGUUCUGGUGAGGAUACUGACCAGCUGGCUGAGGUGAAAUACCAUUUUUUUAGUAAUUUCUUACUCAUUACAUUUAAGCUAUUUAUUUAAAGAAUUCAUUGUAUGUGUACAUCAUUUUUUUUCUUAUAACAAUUACAUUACGAUUUAUAGAAAUGAUGGUAAAUUUCAAACGAAUAAAGAGUGAAUUCCCCCACCCUUCUUGGUUGAUUCAAUGAAAAGGGUAUUGACUGAAACAAAACUGUUAAGACACCUGCUCAUAUAUCGGUUUAGAUUUUAGUUGAUAAGCAAGGACCAAAAUCACAAUCCUUGGAA